AUGCCCAUAGGCGUGAGUGUGGAGCGUAGAGAGGUGACCCUGUAUCCCUCGUACGUCUUCCUGCUGACACCCGUGGGCUUGCGGAAGUCCCUGAAGGUGUCCUAUGACAUCACUGAUCCUACUAUGGCUGAAUCCCUGAGGGAAGCUUCUGGAAGCCUGGAAGUUCUAGAGGCCGGUGAUGAGGGAAAGAAGAAAUCCAAGUUUAAAGUCUUCAAGAGCUUCUUUGGCAAGAAGAAGAAAAAAGAGCCCGAGGAUGGCCGGGGAGGGAGGAAGCUACAACCAAGCCUGUCCAGCAGCAACAUCAACAUCUCUGCUCUGAAGCCAGUUCAUGAAGAUCAGACUGAGCCUCGGGCCAAGAGCAACAUGGGGAGCAAAGCCCUGUCCCAUGACAGCAUCUUCAUGAUGGAUCCUGAGCCUGCAAAUAAAAUCUACCCCUCUCCAGAGCUCCAGAGAGGCAGAUCUCUGCAGAGACCUUAUGUUUCCAGAACUCUGCCUAGAACCGGGACUAGUAGUCUGCAUCGAGCUGUUUUUGGAGUUACGUUUGGACCUAUGCUCCCAUAUGUACCCAGAAGUGCACUUUGGGCCGGGGGAUCUGACAUCGCUGAGAGCCCAUCACUGCUGCCACGCCAACGAAGCAUCAGCCCACCUCUUAUCCGUUCUGACACAAUCUCUAAGGACUUGGAGGAAAUCUCUGUUGAUGAGGAGUCACCUGAGAGCUCACCAAAGGACGUUUCAGAGCAGAUCUUGACAAUGAAGAAGGGAAAGGGACAAGUAAAGAAAUCAGGAGAGAUUUCUUCUUUGGGAGGUCAUCAGCCGGAACAAUUUCCAGCACGCGGAGCUGCCUCAUUUCUUUUCUGCCACUCUCUCCAGAGCUCCUUUGAGCCCUCACCUGGACCCGUCCACUCACAGUCCUUGACCACACUUACCGUGAUAACCUCUCCCAGCAGCGCUCAGCUGCCCAUUGGUUUUAGCACCCCAGCCUCCCCGAAGGUGGAGCCAAAACAGGGGAAGCCAGGCGUUCCGCUGGUGUCUCAAGAAGAGAAGAGUACAACGACAUCCCAAGAAGCUGUCCAAAAGAAGCCGAAAAACGACAGUGCAGGUACCUCAAGCCUGGAGCAGAGCAAGAAAACCGAAACUCCGGAUAAGAAGACAGCAGAGCAGACCGCAAACCCAGAUGCUGCUGGCACGCAGGGUUACCUGCCGACGACGGCGUUUGGAAGACAAUGUGCAAGGAGAGGUCCCGGUGCUAUAGGAAUGAGUGAGUGUGGGCUCAGAGGAAGAACCUUCAAACAGUUUCCUGUCUUCUCGGCGGACCUCUCUCUGGAGCAGUCCACAACUCCACCGGCCAUAAGCGUGACUCCUCAGGAGGGACUUUCGGAUACAGAUGGCCUGGGAAAGAGAAAUACUGGGAUGGAUUUUAAAGCUGGAACCGCAGCAGGAGCCCAGUCUGUACCUGAAGACGUGGAAGGGUCCACGGUUGGUGACCCAUCAACAUGCCGUGAGGACGGGGCCCCGGGAGCCAACAGGCCAGAAGCCAUGGCUUCUCUCUCGUCAGCGGCAACCGAGGCCGAAGCGUUUAAGGAUCCUUCUCGCACCCAGUCGGGGAGGGAAGAAGCCUGCAGCUCCGAUUUGCAAGGUAUCCGGCUUGAGACGCCGCCUCUCAGGAGCCUUUCCCUGGCCGUGGUGAAGUUCCACGCUGAAGAAGAGUCCUCUGAUUCCGAGAGCUCUUCAGAGGUGGGGGGUGGUUCUGAUCAGGUGCCUCCCAGGCCUGCUUCCCAGCAGGAGAAGCCCAAAGGUGACCAAAAAGUCUUCCCCAAACCAGGAAGUUCAGCUGUGGAACCGAGCCGGCCCGGGCAGCAGCUGGCUUCUAGAUCUCCUUCCUGGGCCGGGGCGCGGCCCGAAGCUGAAGAGGCCUCCUUGGAUUCCGAGAGUGUUCCAGAGGACGAAGACACCUCGGAGCAGCAGGUGCGUCCCGGGCGCUCUCUCCAGUCGGCAGGGAAGCCCGACCGUGGCCAGGAAGUCUUCGCGGAGCCCAAGAGCCCCGCUUCCAAGGUCUUGGGGGAGCCCAAAGUGUCCACCGAGUGGCACAGUUACGCUGACAAGUACAAGAGUGCUGACCCUUCCCGGGCCUGGAAGGAGAAGCCCAAGGACCAAGGAGGAACCCCCUCAGUUUCGAAGAGCGUACUUAAGGAGUGGGAUGCUUCCAUGCAGCGGCUCGCUCUCCAACAGCUUCCUCAGUCCUUCGCGAAGCCGGCUGCUCAGCAGCAAGUGUCGUCCGGCCUGGUGAGGGCUUUGGCACGGCGGAGCGGCUUUGCAGAGCACCUGCUGCCCCAGUCCGGGAUGGGCGCCAAGGCCGAGCAGCAAGCCUCGGCGUGUCUGGAGAGCACUGCCAGGGACUGGGGCCUCUCCCUGGAGCCGCUGCCACCCAGGACCUCUUUGAAGCACCUGAUGGGGCGUAAAGUUGGGCAACCGGUCUCCAAAAGUCCAGAAAUUGCCAUGACCCCAGGGGUCAAUUCCGCGGCCCUCAAAUGUCAUUCUAAGCCUCCCCCGAAACCCACGGCGGGGGAUGCAUUCCCUCCAGGUCCAAAGCACGUGUCUGUUUCGAAGCAAGUGCUGCCGCCCAAGGAUCCUUUCUGGGCCCUGCUGAGAUCGGUAGUUGAGAAACAAGUCCCCCCCGGUGCGGAAAGUGCUGUGGUUGAGAAGGACGCUUCUAUGCAGCCGCUGGUCCCCAAACAUCGGUCCCCCAGGCAACCUCUGGUCCGGCGACAAGUCUCUGUGAGUCCGGAGAGCGCUGCAGCUGAGGGGGGCGCUUCUGGGGGGCCACUGCUCCCCACACAUUCUGCUCGGCCCCUGGUGAAUCCUCAAAGCCAGCAGAUCUCAGAGAACGCUGCGGUCAAGAAGGGCACAGCUGCUGAGCUGCCUCGCGGAGGCCCUUUCCAGCCCUCUGGGAGGCCCAGACUCCAGGCACAGACCCUCCCCCCCGGCUCGGUUAGUGCUUCUGAGGGCAGCGGUCCUGAGGAGAAGAUGCCUCCCCCCCACACCUCCCGGGCCUGGGUGAGCCCCAGAGUUGAGCAAGAAGCCUCCUCGGGUUCAGCGAGUGCUCCCGCAGCACGGAGCACUCCGGUGGAGUCAAAGCCUCCCAAAAGCGCUCUGCAGGCCUGGGGCAACCGUAAAUCCAAGCAAGCAGCCUCCACGGGCCUGGAGGGCGCUGUGGCCGAGAAGGGUGGGUCCAAGGUGCAGCGCCCCCCCAGAAUGUCUUCUCAGUCCCCGAUGAAACCCGUGGGGAAACAAGCAGUGUCUGCAGGGCCGGAGAGCGUGGCCGCCAAGAAGGAGGCUUGUGCAGAACCACUGCCUCCCAGGCAGUUUUCCAGGUCCCUUGCGGGACACAAAGUCCAGCAAAUAUCUUCAAAUUUUGAGAGCAGUGCUGCGGAGGGCGCCGUCUCCGGGAAGCCACUGCCUCCCAAGAAUCCUACCCAGGUCUUGGUCAGGUCUAAAGUCCAGGAAAUGUCCUUGCGUCUCGAGAACAAGGCCCUUGAAGGAAACACGUCUAAGAAGUCACCGAUUCCGAGAUAUCCUUCCCAGUCAUUUGUGAAGUACAUGGCAGAACGAGUCUUUUCAGAGAGCCCCGCGGCCGAGCGGGGAUUUCACACGAAUCCCCCAUCUACAAAUCCACCUUCCAAACCUUCGAUGAGGCCCGAGGCCCAGGGCCAAGUCUUCUCAGGUCAGAAGAAUGCCAGCAUGGGGGGAGGCAUUUCCUCACAGCUGCUGCCUUGGAAAGGCCCUUUACGGUCCUCAGGGAGGCCCGAAGACCCCAAAGAAGCCUCUUCGCAUUCGGAGAGCGCUCCUGCGAAGUCGAGUGGUUCAAAAAAGCAGCCGCCUCCCAGAUACCUUUCCCAGGCACUGGGGAAGCUUGAGUACCAGCAAUAUGGCUCCCUGGUCUCUGUGAGCGCUCUUGAAGACAGGAAGAGUUUUAAAGACAAGCUGCCUUCUGGAGGCCCUUCCCAAGCCAAGAAGGGGCCUGAAUCACAACCACAUGUUUCCUCAACAGGCUCAGCGAGUGCGCGUGUGGGGUGGAGUUGUUCUGAGGGGCCCCUGCCUCGCAGAUCCUCCUUCUGGGCUUUUGCAGACCCUGAACAUCAGCGACAGGUUCCUUCCGGUUCCGUGGGCGCUGCUGCUGAGGGAGCCAUUUCUGGGAGCAAUCCUAGCAGCCGGUCCGUACCCAAAGGCCCGGCUUCUCCACACAGAGCCAAGAAGCGUAGCCACAGCUCUGAAGACCUCAUUAAGAAUAUCCUGGCUUCUGCUGCGAAACCCGUGAAGUUCACUUUUGCUCCCGCCAGCCAAACAUCCACUUCCGGGGUCACUUACCCUAAGGAGGAAGUUGUCAAGAGCAGUGAUCCAAAUAACAGCCACUCAGACGUGUCCACCGCCGAGGCUGAUGUUGAAAACGUCUUUGGGAUUCGAGUGAGAAAAAUCCCUACCUCGGACAAGUUCAAGGAUGAGACACAAGAUGACCGGACCAAGCUUUCUUCACUCUCCCUGGGCCCAAAGUCAUUUCCUGUAUGUAAAGGGAAGCGAAUCAGAAGAAGCGCUUCCCAUGGGUUCCUGGGCACCGCAGAGCACCUCAUCCCAGGAUAUGAGUUUGCAGAGAAGCAACAGGACAGGCCCAAAUCUGAAAUCAUAGCUGGGAAUCAACCCGCUUGCAAGGUCCCAGGAAAGGCUCCUGGUCGACAGGAAUAUUAUAGCAUCUCGGACCCAACUUGGAUAACCGAGCUGAGAACCAAGAACAGAGCCACGAUCAAAGAGCCUUCACGUGCGGGAGAUACCUUAGAAGAUGAAAACCAACCAGCAAGUAGUUUGACCUUCAGCGUCAAUAAACAGGAAAGUGCAAGGCCAUCCAGUAACAACAAGCGGCCAAAGAUUGGCAGUUACAGCUUUUUAGAAGCCAGAGGAAAGCUAAAAGGAGGAAGAACUGUACUGCUCUCCCAUCGACGUAGCUCCAUGUCUCUUACCGCGUGUGUGUCAUUUGCUGUGGUUCUUGUAGGAUUUGAAGAUGAGGGGACGUUUCAGGAGCUCGCGGUGGGAAAAGGAAUCCAGCGCUCUUCCACUCCCCCAGCCAUGCUCCAAGAGCCGGUACAGCCGGAGGAGCCAGUCUGGUUCUCCGUGGCCAAGAAGAAAGCCAAAGCUUGGAGCCAGGAGCCAUAUAACAGAAAUCAUGCAUUGAGUAGUUCCUGGGUGGAGAGUCAACAUUUCAAAUGAUAAUCGCCAAGCGCUCUAUUAAGGCCAAGUCGUGACUGACUGACUUUUAACCAUUUUUCUUCAUUAAGCAAAAGAGCCUUAAGAUGGUAAUUCAAGCUAAUAACCCUUAGAAUGCAGCCAAUGCCAUGAAUGCCUGACCUUCAGUACAGUCACCGCCAACAUCUGAAAACCCAGCAUUUCCUCUAUAAAAAUGAUGUAAGAAUGUUUGCACUGCCAUAGGGUGGGGAAAUCUUGAACGUUGGACAAUGUGCCUUAGGAGACGGAAAGCAAAACACAUUUUGUUAGAGCAACUAAGACGUGGUCAUUUCCCUUGAUUAAAUAAAUUAAUUCGAAUGGAAAUGGCCAGAUGGCUUGGCCCAAGGAUUGGCUUUUAGGUUUUAUGAGCCUGGUUGAAUGUUUCAGUUCUUUGGUUCCUGCUCCAAGCUUUGCAAAGGCCCCUAGAGGAGAUGGUGGAACUGAAUCUCUGCGGAAAAUUUUGCCCGGCCUGUCCUCCACUUAGCCAUUGCCCUUUGAAGCACUGCCCUUGUACCCCUGGGGCUCCCCAGUGCCUGCAGCUUAGAGCUCCCUCUGUGCACAUGUCCCCAUGUCACAGGUCUGGUAGCCGUGAACACCUCCCACUGAGACAGAGGAUUUCUUGGGGAUUAUCAUCCUCCCUUAGAUGGUUAGUUCAUCAGUGUUUGACCUCUUGCCCCAAUGCCGCUGUGACUCUUCAGUUGCCGAGAGAUGUGCUGAAUGCCAUAUAGAUCUUGUUUUUUAAGCACUUAAGACCCAAUUCAAAAUCCUACAGACGCCAAAAACUGUACUUUCUAUCAGGCAGAUGGGAAGCCUUCCUGGAGGAAGUCUGGGGCCCCUGGAGAGCUGUCUUCUCUCUGGCUCUAGUUUUAAGGUGGAAACCUCCACGUAGCCCAGUUUCCAGUCUCUUCUCCUCGGCAGCCUCUGUUUCACGAGAUUUUAGCCCAGAGCAGGACCACAACCCCAAAGCCAUAGAACAGUUCACUUUCUGCCAACUGGAAGCCUUAAGUAAUUCCAUCCACCUAGCCUCUCCCUGUCCUCAUUCCUGGAGGCACACACCUCAAAAGUCACUCGGCUAGACAGCCCCCACCUCCCCCCAGUGAACCACUCACCCCAGAUCCCUUCCUUCCAUUCCACCCCCCCAAACACACCGAACACUAAGGGAGAGCUUCUUUUGGGUGCCUGGGCCGUACCUAGCUCAUUUUCUUAGGAGACCCAGAAGUGUCUUCUCGGUAUGCCUUUUACUGUGUCUGCCUCUGUCAUCACGGGGCUGCUUUGCUUCAACAGAAAUGUAAGCCUAGACCUCUAACUGUGCCUUUACAUUCAGAGUGGGGCACUGCCUCGUGCAAAAACAAAAUUCAGAGAGGCAGUGAGGUGCCAAAGUGAAUUUAAACCCUCGAUGCUUGGUUUUGCUGGUGAUGGCAUGACGUGACCUUGUACAAUCAUAUGCUGGAUUUUGCAUUUUCUUUAUAAGGCAACGAUUUUUCCCGAUACUGUAUCUUUGCCGUUCUGAUAAUGCUAGGUUUUUGAUUGGUCGGGUCUGAUUUCCUUUAUAUUUCCAUAGUGAGCCGUUUAUUUAGGUGGAUGUGCUUUACCCAGUGACCCUGGUACUUAGCUGUUACACCUCCUUACCCCCCUUCCCUCAGCGUAGACCACUAUUAGCUCGUUCUCACUCUGAGAGCUCUCCAUUAAUCACUUCUUUUCCACGGUUAACAAAACUCUGUUUUUAAGUUAAGAGGUUAAGGUUUUUUUUUAAUGCAUAGAUGCGCGUUCUGAGAAGUUUUCAGCUGCUUUUAGCAUUCUUGACUUUUAUUAUAUACGUGCAAAGCAAAUAAAUUCAAUAAAGCCUA